AUGAGAGUUCCUCCAAGACACCGGCCCAUUCGAGAUGGAAGCUUCCUUCCUCAGGCUGGGUCUUUUACCGUGACUGGGCUGCCCGGGUACACUGGAUAUGUGCCUGGCAAAGUGGCAGAGAACGUGUACGGCCUGACUUUUCAGAACGCGAAUGAGCGUUCUGCUGCUGAGGCAAAGAUUCUGCGCAGCACUGGGCGUUUGCCCAUGUCCUAUGCGGGACGCACUUUCGAUGGCCCUGCUCCUGGCGCUGAGAUUCCGGGCUACACUGGCUUCAUUCCUGGACGGUAUGCAGACAACGUCAUGGGAACUACAUUUGCGAAAGGCGCCGAACUCGCAUUCCUCGUCAAAAACCAGCAAAUGGCAGACCGACUUCAUCGAGUCCAGUGUUACCGGCAGGGAGAGAGACCCGUCAGCCGGUCGAGGUGA